ACGUGACGGUUGGAAAAGGAAUGCCAACAUGGACCCGUGGCAAGGACGGGAUGUGAGUGUGCUACGACAAUAACACGACGAAGGAGAAGAGAUACGAGCAGGAUUUCAAAACCCGUCGACGGUGCUGCUCUUCCUCACCGAGCCUCCUUCGAAACAUACACGGUAGGUUGAGCCGAGUAUCCGGGAUCCUCCUGUACGGAUCCUCCGGAGAGACGGAGGAGUAUAAAUAGAACAUUUUUUGACCCAGCCGAACUUGAGACUCGUGGAUUACUGUGGAGGGGCGCUCGCAUUCAGGCGGAUUAGCAUGUGAUCGAUCCCUUCUUCCGUGUAAACACAUUCAGGGGGACGAUUUAUCCGCUUUCGGGGACCGAUUGUGGGCUCGUGGUGAGUUCUCUUCGACAUACGGCGAUGGGCGCGUCAGUGCGGGCCGUGUUUACCCAGCGCCUUGUUCGUGCACUGUGUGGAGUAUGAGGCCCUGCUGCAACAUGUGCCUGACCGUCUGACAGCAGCUCCAAACAUCCUUUUACAUAAGCAGAGGGGAAGUUCCCCUCCACUGUUCAGACUCAGGUUUCAAACUGAAGAGCUGCGGACGUCAAAGAGGUCUUUCUUUACUACGACCCUCUAAGUUUAACUUUUAGUUUAACUCUAGUUUGCAACCUUUUUUAUAUUGAUGUUUUCAAUCUUCAUAACUUGCCAGAUUUGACAAACCCACAGAUCUGUGACUUCAAACCUAAACAACUCCAAUGUUAGGCGAUUAAAGGAGUUCUUGUGGUCAACAGAUUAGGGGCGGGACAUGUGGAUUGGUAACAGAUCUGACUCAUGCAACCACAGGAGCAGAUCUGGAGCACUGGCAUUCAGAGACAGAGUAUUUACACAUGCCUACUCAUUGAGUGAUAAAUAAAAGUAGAGGAAGAUAGUUCACAAGAUUUUAAAGAGGUGUGGACAGAUGUUGAUGUUUUAGUAAAUGAAUACAACUCUUAACAGUUUAAAUCACUGCCUCACUAUUUCAUGACUCCAUUCAGGUACAGUAUUUUUGCCUGAUGGGGUCAUUUAGUAUUGUUCCGUUAUUGCGGUGUUGUAUCAUUAGCCCCGUUUAUAUGGGUAGUUUUCCUCAAUCUGAUUAAAAUCAGUCGGAUUAAGUGAAUCUGAUUCCAUCUGUAUACAUGAACUUUAAGGAAAGAGAUCCACAUUCAAUCCACGUUUGCAUGGCCCUAGCUGAAUCCGAUUGAUUGUAGAAAGAUGGAUCCGCGUCGUGUUUUGUUGGGGACGCUUAUUGUGUUGUGGUACAACAGUUUUUCUGUUUGUUCGCCAUGUUUGUUUUGGGUUGGGCGCGCUCUGCGUACGUCACUACGUGCCUCUUACGUACUACGUAGUGCCUGCGCAGACCGAACAAGCCUCUCUGUAAACCCAAUCCGCUCCACUCAGCUGUAUAUAUGGAGCAUGGAGCGGAUUAUCAAUCGACGUAGACUACCUCUUACAAUCCGACCCAAAAUACAAUCAGAUCCGGGUGAAUCAGAUUGGCUAAGGUGUUGAUAUGAGACAUUUAGACCCAUGUAAACGGGGCUAUUGUAUAGCUGUGUUGUGAGUAGGGCUGGACAGUGGGAAAAAGUUUAUCAUGAUGUAUUUUUUUUCAUAUCAGCCGAUAUCGAUAUAUAUUGCGAUAUAAAAAAUGAAAUUUAACAGUACUUAUUGGUAGCUUGUCUUUUGAAAUACAAUAAGCUACUGCAUCUGCAAGGUCCUUGUGUCUCUUUGACGUUUUGUCAUAAAGCAUUGCGCUAGAGAAAGUGGACUGAAUGGUCGGCCAUGGCCAUGCUCCGUUUGGGGUUUGUAACUAGGGAUGUACGCGGUUAUUCGUGUAAACGGGGCUGUCCUUACUAUCCGUUUAGUAAAUAAUAUUCAUUCGUUUGCGUCACAUGCUAAAGUGCUAUGGUUGCAUGUAGCUGCGGCCUGCUACUACGCAGUUGUUUGCUCUUCGGCUCUAAUUCAACACAUAAUUGUUUCAGCACAAAGCGGACCUGGAGCAACUCCCCUUUUCAGUGGCUAUUCAUAUAGUCUACCAAAACGCGGCAGAAUGCCAACUAUUGAAAAGCAUAUUGACCAUGUUUCAUAUCGAUAUCGAGGGAAAUUAAUUUUAAAUAUGAAUCAUUAUCGUUUUGUCGCCCAGCCCUAGUUGUGAUCAUAUGACAUCCUUCAGAAAUGAUGCAGAAGUGUUAAAAACUGCAGUUCCACUUUGCGCCAGCUAGAGACUGGCUUCAGAAGCACCAGAAACCACUAACAUAAAAGUCAGAGAAUCAUGAGUUUCCCUGUAAUUCCUCCUCCAACCACCAGGGAUGUCCCAAGCAGCCAAUUCAGACUACAAUCUUAAUGAGACCUGUCAGGAGUGUUUUAUAUUUGAAUAGAUUUGAGCAAAAGUCAGUAAAGCAGUAAUUACACAUGUCUGUAUGACCACUGGUGCUCAAAAGCUUUGCUUUCAGGUUAGCCGUUUUUUUUAAGGGAUAUUCCAGCGUAAAAAUGAGUUAGGAUUAAACACACAGUGACACUGAGUUAGACACCCUGUCGAGAGAUGAAUGUUGCCGAUCGCUAGCGUUCCCCCGCUGCAGUCGAUGGACUCAUCUGGAUGUCUCAGUACAAACAAGCGGCUGCUGGUAGAGAGUGGGUGAGUUGUGUUUGGUCCUGUACUGUACCUUGGACCCUAUAUGUACUGUUGAAGUUAGUUGCUGUUCUGAGCAUUAUUUGUGGCUAUAGAGUGGCUUUUUGGUUUGAGCGCAUGACACUCUGUAUUGCUAUCCUGCGGUCAUUACUCAAGUUGGUUUAACUAGAGAAGCAAGCGGUCUGCAUCAUUCAUCUCUUGAGGGGGUGUUUAACAAGGUGUUACAGUGUGUUUGACCAUAACUUAAUUUUAAGCCAGAAUAUCCCUUUAAGAUUAAAUGGAUAAAUAUCACUGAGAUUAUGUACAUUAAAACAAGGCUAAUCAACUCUGGUAAUAUGUGUCAUUGCACCACUCUUGAUUUGGGGGAUUUUGUCAGGAUACUUGUAUGUAACUGCAGCACAGAGCAACAUCACAUCAUGUUUCACUUCCUAUGUUGUGAUGAUCUUUGCUGCUGUGGGGUGAGGUGGUGUCUGAAAUGUGGUGUUGUCAGCUGCAUGUCAAGUUUUUAGAUGUCAUAUUGAAUUGAACCCAGCUCUGCUGCAUGCUGCUUGUCACUCUGCAGGCAUUUUAGCCAUGGGGGUUGCUAAUGCUAACUUCUGGUUUGUUUUCACUCUGUUUACAACAGCUGACACUGCUGAUUUGGAUUAAAUAAUCAGCUCAAAUUUCUGAUCCAUUAUCAGUAAAAAAUUGAGGGAAAAAGUUUGGAUUCGCUCUGAACUGAGAUCAGAAAAAUCCCAAGUCACUGAAGGUGUAGGGAUAACCUACAAAAAAAAUAACACAAAAUAACGGAUGGGACAUUUCCCCUUAGUGCUGCCUUAAGUAUGUCGACAAACAUUUUAAAAAAUAGGACGCUUCAUGUCGAAAUGAAGCAUUUGUCUGAGGCUCUGGGCAGAGCUAGAGGCCUGAACCAAAAGUGACAUAAUGAGCAACUUUCUCUGUCCAGAUUUGUCGCUGGCUCGCUGAAUUUAGGGAUGCUUGUUAUUGCAAAUGGGAUCAAGAAUAUGUACGACUCAAACAGCCAAAGGCGAGCGAAGCACGAGGAUCACUUUAUGAGUGAUCGCUGAAGGAGAGUGCAGGAGUAUCUGUAUAUUUUUGGUGCUCACACUGUACAUGUCUUCUAAAUGGAAUAAGAAGAAAGUAGCUCAGUAGCUCUUUGGCCAGUUAUUAUUAAGUUGAUGUUUUGAGCUCUGUUUCUAAAUGUUGGAGAAAAACAUUGAACCAGGACACCUUCUUAAAGUGUCUGCAUCCCCAGAAUAGGUGUUAAAUAUGAACAUUGCAUCGUGGGUUUAUGGGAAGACCUGAGUGUUAAAAAUUUGCUGCUGUUUUGUUACUGUUGUCUCAAGUAAUUAUUGUGAGAAGACUAUAGAUGUAAUAGUUGUGUAGGGUUUUAUUCCACAUGCAUAAAACUUUCAAGUUUAAAAUGUGAGGAAAUAAGCUGCAAUUCAUGCUCAUCAUCUACUUUUCUGACAGGUUAUAAAUCCAGUGUCAUUGAUGCCUUUGCAGGUUUUUGUGAUCCCGCCUCUGGAUAGAGUUUCAGACAACACUCUCUGCUCUGCAUCGGGCCUGGAUCAAUGGUGUCUCUCAGCAGCAGAACGCUGAGUUUGGAGAAUGACCUGUUCAGGGACAGCGGCCUGUUCCCCCUCGACCUGGGAGAUGGCGCCUGCAGCGAGGGGGGCAGUUCAGCCUCCUGCGACAGCCCUGAGGCAGCCGAGCUGGAGGUCAUGCACAUCUGCAGCCCUGGAGAGGAGGAAGAGGAGGAGGAAGAGUAUCAGGAGGAGGAUGAAGAUGAAGGGACGCAGCUUCAGAUUUUCCUGGGAGAAGAAGAAGCUGAGAGUGAGGGGCCGAAAUUGCCAGAGUUCCCUUUUCAUCCCUCCUCCCCGUUCUCCCCAACCCUGGAGGACAUCGAGGAGUUCUUGAGGGAGAAGAUGGAACUGGUGAAAGAGGGGCUGCUGGUCCCCAAAGAAGAGGCCUGCCCCCUACCGUGCAGUCUCACUCCACCCUCUGAUGCACCUCAGUCUGAUCCCACAGAGACUGUCUGUGAUCCUGGGACUAGCUCCUCUCACUGCACUUCAAGUCCAAACACCCCUAAGAAUGAGCUGAACAGCCCCAGCCCGAGUCCAUCUGACCCCUCUCUCGCUGCUGAAGUGAGCCCUUCUCUCUCAGCCUCAACCUCACCUGUGCUUCUGGGCGGUCCGUUGGUCCUCCAGCUCCAGCCCCUCCCUCUGACCCAGUCUCAGACUCCAGCAGGCUCUCCACCUGGGGCCCAGAGUGGCAUUUGGCUCACUCAUCUGGUGAUGGGGCUCCAGGAUGCAACAGGACAAAAUGUCACCCUGCUGGCCCCACAGGUGCCCUCCAACCCCACCACCACCACCCUGCUAGCACUCAACAGCGGAGACAGCAAGUCAGCUGACCACAAGUACGUGAAGAUCGCUCCUUUACCCAUCACUAUGAGGACUCUAGAGAUCACAAGUGUGACAGGGGUCGGAGGUCAGAGCAGCAGUGUGCUGAAGACUGUUGCCCCCAGGGUGACCAGAGUGCCGCCCACAGAGAGGGUCCAUAAGUGCUCGCACCCAGGCUGUGGGAAGAUGUACACCAAAAGCAGCCACCUGAAAGCUCACUUCCGCCGGCACACGGGAGAGAAGCCCUACACGUGUAGCUGGCCAGAGUGCGGGUGGAGGUAUGUGUCAUCAUGUGCUCUGUACACGGUUAAAUCACACUAAGCCAAGGAAUCAGAUUAAUUCAGUGAGCCACACUGGAGGGGAGGGCAGGGGAGGGGAGGGCCGCAAUCUUUAAAUAUUACAAUCCAGGAAGUCCUGUAUGAGUUACAGAUGGGUGAGUUUGAAGAGUUGCAUAACAGAAAAGCUCUGUGCGGCGGCUUUUAACUCGACAAGAAGAGAUUAAACUCCUCAUGAUUUUAAUGAUAAUCAUUCCUCCUUCAGCUCAACGAUCAAUCACUACCUGAAUGUAGAUGCACAUAACUCUGUGGCAGAGCAGGCUCCUGAAUGAUGCAGGAGGCUAACACACAGUGCAGCUUUCAUUCUGGAUAACGCUGCAGCCUUAUGACAGCCUGACAGGAAAUGACAAAUGAAAACCAUCUGUAUUUAGCUCGAUGGCUUCAUCUGUUGAUACUAGGGCUGCAAAUAUUGUGUUGACAUUAAAAUCAGAAUUAUCAUAUAGUAUUUCUUAUUUUUUGACAUGUGCUGCACAUGCAAACCUCCUUAAAUUUUCCACUAAGAAUUCCUGUAACACAUUAAAAAGCAAGGAUAAAAAAACGUCUACAUGUUUUGUCCAUCUGGAUCAAAAUAAUUUAAAUAGUGUGUCUGGGAAGAACCAUACAUUGACUCUUCACUCUAUUGUAACAGCUUUGACUUCAGUUUUGUGGUAAUACUCAGACUUGAACCCGUGGUGGAGUAUUAUGACGAUGUGUGAUUAAAGGGAUAUUUCGGAGUAAACUUAAGUUAAGGUAAAACACACCGUAACACUGAGUUAGACACCCCCCCGAGAGAUGAAUGUUGCUGACUGCUUGCUUCGCUAAUUAUACCAACUUCAGUAACGACCGCAGGAUAGCAAUACACAGCUGUCUACGUCUCCAUGCGCAAACCUCAACCAAAAAGCCACUCUAUAGCCACAAAUAAUGCUCAGAACAGCACCUAACUUCAUCAACAGUACAUAUAGAGUCCCAGCCGUAGUACUAGCCAGCAAACGUCUUUUUAGCUUUGCCUGAUUUCUUUAGCAAAGAGACUAAACACAACUCACCUACUCUCCUUCAGCAGCCACUUGUUUGUGGGGAAGCCCCGACAAGUCGAUCACCGAGUGCAGCAGAGUUUCGCAUCUCAAGGAAGAACAUUUAUGAUUAUUACUUCAUGGAAAUGCAAUCAGAGUUCUUGUGUAUCUUGUAUGUGCACUGCAGACGCGGUAGUUCUUCUGCUUUAGUGUCUCGUUCUGAUUGCAUUUUCUUAAAGUAAUCAUUAUAAAUUUUCCGCUGCACUCGGUGGUUGACUUGUCAGGGCUCACCCACAAACAAGCCGCUGCUGAAGGAGAGUGGGUGAGUCGUGUUAAGUCUCUUUGCUAAAGAAAUCAGGCAAAGCUAAAAUUAUGUUUGGUGUCUAGUACUAUGGCUGGGACACUAUAUGUACUGUUGAUGAAGUAAGGUGCUGUUCUGAGCAUUAUUUGUGGCUAUAGAGUGGAUUUUUGGUUGAGGUUUGCACGUGGAGACAUAGACUGCUGUGUAUUGCUAUCGUGCGGCCGUUACUGAAGUUGGUAUAACCAGAGAAGCAAGCAGUCAGCAACAUUCAUCUCUCGAGGAAGUGUCUAAUUCGGUGUUGCGGUGUGAUGGACCAUAACUUAAAUUUUACGCCGGAAUAUCCCUUUAAGACUGAAGAAUCUGAGCUCUUGCCCAUCUUACAUCUGAUCACAGACUAACAUCUUUUUGCAUUUUUGAGCUUUCCUCAUAUUGAAGGCAAGACUUCAGACGGGCUGAUGUCUCUGGUUAGCCUGGCAGUUGUUGGUAGCUCACUUGUGAUAGCUACAGCCUGUCCCACCAUGCUAACUCUAUAUAAUAUAUAUAUAUAAUAUGCUAAUAUAGAUCACAGGAACCACAGUUGCUUCAAGGGGUGGACAAAUGAGUCUGCCAUGACUCACCGUCCCUUUUAAUAUUUACCUCCAUUAAGUCUUUGCAACAUCACCGCCUACAAAAACAUCCUCCUGUAAACACAAACAGCUGUUAAAGCCUGCUGAUCUAGUAAUGAUCAGCUGAUGCUGUCAUUACAAAACAAUGUGACUUCACGUGUCAGAGAAAAGGAAGUCUCGUGUCUCUACAAUCCCAUUCUCUUUAUCACUCUCUCCUCUUGUCACGUCCUCAUGUAUCUCUGGUGGGAGGGACAAAGGGGCGAGUGAGAGUUAAAUGGAUGCAACCUUAGGGAACUGGGAUAUAACCUUUGACCCUCUGCAGGCAUUACUGAUCAUUGCUUUUGGGGGAAGUUAAAUGUUUAUAAAAAACAACAUAAUUCCUCAGCAGAAAACUGAUGGAUGUGGCCCUAUAGUGUAUAUAGUUUAUUUACAUUUGUGACUUUGUUUACAUCAACUGAAAGAAGUUGUCGGAGGUGUGACAUUGAAACUCGGUCUUACUCUCCCUGUCUCCUCUAACAUCCACAGGUUCUCCCGAUCUGACGAACUGUCCCGUCACCGCCGCUCUCACUCUGGCGUCAAGCCGUACGAAUGCUCUCUGUGCGAAAAGAAGUUCGCCCGCAGUGACCACUUAUCCAAACACACAAAGGUCCACCGCAGCUCCAGGCCAAGCAGGAUUAUCAGAGCCACUGUGUGACACCUUCAGCCAGCUGAAACCCUGCCCUGCACCCACUCACCCUGCCAGCCAGCCAGCCCCGCCUGACCUGGUUCAGCUCAGACCGGGGGGCUCCCUCAAGACUUUUGGUGCUUCAUAAGCUGAACUUUUCGAGGAAUCUGGGGCUGGCUGCUGUCGUCGCCCGUCGUUUCCCGCCUUUCCCUCCCUGCCGUUUAUUCUUCGCUGUUCUUUCUGAGCUGCUAGUCUGAUACUAAGCGAACAGCCUCCUCGGGAAGGACUCGGCUGAAAGUGGAUUUCCUGGCCUUCUACUCACUGAUAUUAUAAAAACACACACACACAAUAGGAGACAGUCUCACUGCGGCCCCUCUUGCAAUCACUGCAUGCCUUCUGUUCCUGUUUCCAAGCUACCAGGUGCUGUUUGAAGGGGAUAGGUAAACAGUAACAGGAGUGUCUGUAAUUCAAUAAUGUCCUUUCUCCUUCUGAGAUUGCCCGGCUUCAUCAGAAUCUAACUUCAGGGUCCACGUGGAAAGAGCUUCCCAACAUUUUGUACUUUUCCUAAGUGACAAUAUACUUCUUUAGUGUAAUGUUUAUGUCAUGUGUUUCACUCAUAGGGCUUGUGAUGGACAGUUUAUUGAAGGGUGAAAAUGUAAAGCACCAGAAUCCCCUCGAAAUACCUUGAGUUACACUCCACCCUGAAUCUACAGUCUGACUCUUGCUAUGAGCAGCAAAUGUGAAGUCAUUGUUUUUGUCGGACUUCACAGAUGGCUCUUAGCUAACAGUUUGGAAAAACCAAGAGAAACCUUUUUUUGUUUUUUUUGCAUCCAAGCCCGGCCUUUUGGACUAAUGAAACCCCUUUUUGACUCGUAUGCCUUUUCUCAGCCCCAGAAUGCCCUAAUCUCUAUCGAUGCCUUUGUCCAAAUCACAAAACCUCACUUGAUCCUGCUGUUAUCAUAUGACUGCUCUUAUUUAACUGUGAUUCUUCGUGGGGGUUGCCAAACCAGAAAUCCCUGUUCUGGCUCUGUGGGAGCAUGAAAACUACACCGUUGGUGUGCGACAGUUUAUAAGCUCUUUGUUCUCUCAAAUUUUCGUGCAGCCGACUCUUGUGGCCUAGAAAACGCCUCGGUCUAUAUGUUGUGUAUAAGCUCAAUGGUGCAGAAGUGAUGUAAAAACACUGCUCUUUAUUAUUUACGGUAGCUUUUACUGUAAAUCAUUUGUUUGUUGUUUAUAGCAGCAAGAAAAGCUAAUAGAUUAAACGGCUGGCAAGGCAGCUAAUGUCUAUUCAAUCAUCUGUAUUAGAGUACUUAUUAUAAUGUGUACUGAACAUAAAGGACAAAGAUAACAUGUACAGCUUGUAGCCUGUAUAUAGAUGUUUUUUUUAACCAAACAUGAUCUUCAAUCAGUGCAUUAAGCUAUUCAAAGGUGUUGUCUGGAGAGGUUUCUCCGUCUGUUACGUGAGUUUGAUUGUAGCGUGAUCAAUCUGUGGAAUGUCAGACUAAUUAUGGUCUGGGAUUUGGAGUCCAACUCUAUCCACUCACAAACCAUUAAGCUGAGUCUGCUGGUUUCAAGUGCACUUGUGUUGGUGAAGACAGAGAAACAGUCGUGCUCUUAUGGCAGUUCCAUGAAAUCUACUGGAACCAUAACACGCCAAAAACAUACCAACACGCAGGUAUUUACACAGGAAGGUUUCACUGCAGCGCACAGUGCGGACGCUCUUAUCGUUUUACCUUUGAUCUCAACACUUUGGUGCUUGUUUAUCUACCAGCGCUUCACAUAUAAAGACUGUAUAACGGACAGUGUAAGACUUUAUAUAACUGGACUAUCUCUGUUGAACCGGCGGACACUUAACACUACAAACUGCAGGUUCUUCGUAUUUAAACUUUGCUCAACAACAUUGGUGCUUUUUUCGGAUAAACUCUGAAGCAGAGCACUUGUGUAUGUAGCAGUGCACACUUAUUUACACAGCCAUCAUCUUUAAUACUUCUGCCAAUAGAAUAACGGUUACAUUAGAUUUCACUCCAUAUAAACAAUCAUGCUUAGUAAUGUAGAAAACCCGUUCAAAGCAGACAGACGGGCAGACGUGUUUAUCUGUCUGAACUGGUGCCGUCUUUGUGUCUGAGCCUCCCCAGGCUGCUUCUACUGACCUACAUCCAGACCUGUAUUCCCUAAUCAUCGUCAUCAUCAUCAUCCAAUUCUUUCUCUCUCUCUCUCAGUCCCGUCUGUGUAUCUGGUUAAACACAGGCUGUAAUUGUUUUUUGUUUUUUGAAUACCAGAAAUGCUAUUUUCCUAUUUGCAAAAUAAAAGCUCAAAAAUA